UUCAUAAAGCCACUACAGAGGAGGCAGGACCUGGAGAAGAAACUGUCUAACUGGAUCAAGUUUUCUCGUGAGAGAUUAAAAGCUUUAGUGAUGAAGACAACAUCAGUGCUGAUCUCUGCAGCAGUUUUGGUGCUGCUGCACAGCCCGUUGAGGAGUACAAAUGCUGACACAUUUCAAGGCGCUUUACCACACCCAAACAAGUAUAACCCACACGAUACGGAUAGAUGCCAACAACCCGCCAUCACUGGACUAAUUUCCCGCGGGGCAGGGCCUGUAACCUCAACUGACGAAGUGCUGGAGUCCAGUCAGGAGGCGUUGCACGUCACGGAGCGUCGGUACCUUCGACUGGACUGGUGCAAGACGCAGCCGCUCAAGCAGACCAUCAACGAGGAAGGCUGUAUGAGCCGCACCAUCAUCAACAGGUUUUGUUACGGACAGUGCAACUCCUUCUACAUCCCGAGGCAUAAUUACCAGGACGGGGACGUCUUUCAGUCCUGCUCUGCCUGCAAACCCAAAACUUUCAGCACCGUCACUUACACCCUCUACUGCCCGGGUCAGACACCCAGCACCAGGAAGAAACGGAUCCAGCGCGUAAAGCAGUGCCGCUGCACAACAAUAGAUUCGGAUUAAACGCAUCCAGGUCGAUCAUAUGCACUUCAAUUUGGAGCGAAAGUGCAGCUUUGCAAAAAAAAAAAAAAAAAAAAAA